AUGGCGCGGCCGGUACAAUUGGCGCCGGGCUCGCUGGCACUGGUGCUGAGCCCCCGGGAGGCCGGGCAGGCGACAGAGAAGCGGGGUGGCCGCGCGCUCUUCCGCGCCUUCCGCCGUGCCAACGCGCGCUGCUUCUGGAACGAACGCCUGGCACACGCCGCCUCGCGGCUCGCCUUCCUCGGCUGGCUGCAGCGCCGGGUGCUGCUGGUGCGAGCGCCCCAACCCUGUGUGCAGGUGCUGCGGGAUGCCUGGAGGCGCCGAGCCCUGCGGUCGCCCCGAGGUUUCCGCAUCACUGCGGUGGGUGAUGUCUUCCCAGUGCAAAUGAGUCCCAUAGCCCAGUGUCGGUUUGUGCCCUUGGCUGAAGUUCUUUGCUGCACUAUAGCUGAUAUGAACGCAGCUCAGGUGGCUGUAACACGGGAAUCACUCUUGGAGCACUUGAGACAUUACCCAGGUAUUGUGGCUCCAUCCCCAGACAUUCUCCACAGCACACUGGGGGCUCUAAUUCAAGAGAGGAAGAUUUAUUACACUGCAGAGGGCUACUUCAUAGUUACACCGAACACUUACUUUGUCACAAAGACAGCCAAGCAGGGAAAUAAGAGAGCUCUCCUGUCAGACGAAGGCUGCUCAGAGCCCACGUCAGUGACCUAUCUGGUGAGCGUGGAUUGCUGUGCAGAGCUGGCCCAGGAGAACGAGGCCCCUGUCUCCCACUGUCCCUCGUGUCAGUGUUUCCUUGAUACAAGCAUUCAGGACUCUAAGGACCCACUGUCUGCUGAAGAACUGACUAGAAAAAACCAGGAAGGUCUCGAGAAACCCACACCUUUGUCUAAGAACCAGGUACUUUCAGCAUCUGAAGACACCCACAUCUGUAUGAGCCCCAAACCAUUACCAUUCACCAAAGACAAAGGCAAAAAAUUUGGUUUUGGUUUCUUGUGGCGCAGCUUAUCUAGAAGAGAGAAGCCCAAAAUAGAGUAUCACAGUUUCUCUGCGCAGUUCCCGCCCAAAGAGUGGCCCGUCCGAGAUGAAGACAGCUCCAACAACAUCCCCCGAGAUGUGGAACAUGCAAUAAUCAAAAGAAUUAACCCCGUGUUGACUGUUGACAACUUAAUCAAACACACAGUCCUAAUGCAAAAAUAUGAAGAACAGAAAAAGUAUAAUAGCCAGGGCACUUCCACUGAUGUACCGCCGGCCAGGCACAAGUGUUCUAAAGAGGGAAUUCGGAAAAGGCAGGGCAGGUUUGCCAAGCCUCACCGGCGGGGCUCUUCUCAUAGGGGUAGACAAAGAGCUUGGAGCCAAGCGGAUGAACUUGAGCCAGGACUAGAGAAGCACCCCAAGGUCUCUGAAGCCCAGCCUGCUACCAGAAUGAAAAGUCCCAGUAAAGAAAUUCAGCAGUUGCAUGAUGGGAACCCAGCUAUGUCAGGUGCCCACUUGAUUUAUAAAAAACAGAUCAGUAAUCCUUUUCAGGGCAUGUGUCUCCGAGGGCACUCAGUAUCCAAAGGACACAGUGUUCUGAAGAGCCAUCAUCUGAAACCUAGUCCUGUGAGGCCAGAGAAGAAGUCUUUCCCGCGGGCGGGGUCUUCAGGUCCUUUGGGAGUCUUUGACGCUAGAGCCAAAGGGCCAUUUGCAGAACAGUGCUGUGAUAACCCAGAGACAGAAACCAAGCAGGAGGUGAAGGCACCUGUCCAUCCUGUCAGUGACUCCAGUGGUGGCUCAGGAAAUUACCCUCGCCACCCUCGGUGCUGUUCCUUCAGGGAAAGCUUGUUGAGAGGUGGCGUGUAUGAUGGGGAAAGCAAGGUCAUUCCUGAAAUCUUAAGGAAAAGUUACUCUGACUGUGACAUGUUCUUGGGAACCAAAGAAACGCAUCAGGUCCUGCCUUCUUGGGACUCAGUAUUUUGUUUGUAUCCUUCAGUGGAUAAGACGGUACACCAGUUCCAAACCCUGGGCCUCUUAGAUUGCCCAGUUGGGGCAAACCAUUUGAGGGCACGUGAAAGACAAGACGGUGACUCUGAAGAACUAACGAGGAAGGCGUUUGUCCCAGGGGCCAAGAUUGUCAAUCUGGAAAAUGAGGGGUUCUCCGAUAGUGAGCAGGACAAGGUAGCUUUGAACCAGAGUGACACCGGGGUGGAUGACGGGGCCUGCAGUUCACUGUACCUAGAUGAUGACUUCUCUGAGACUGAUGAUGACUCUCGUCACACACUGCCUGGACACACCUCUGUAGGUGGAGGCGGGCGGAAUCAUCUGGGAAGACCAACGGUGACUGGAAGAUCUCUGACCGAAAGUGAUAGCACAGUUGACAGGUUUGAGCCCCUGGCGCUUGAAGGGCACUGGUACAAAGCUGGCUUGUUUGCGAAUUCAGGGGACGGCUCAAACCCUCAUUUCACUGUUAGCCCUGGCCUAAAUUCAGGGACUCCAUUUAGUUUCAACUACAAAAGAGAGACCACCGCUGCCUGUGUCCAGGCCCCAGCAGCAGCUCGUGGAAGUUUACUUAAAUUCUCUACUGUAAGGAAAACCAGUUGUGGGGCAAAGAUCCUGCAAGAUUCUCCUGCUGAUGCAGGAAUGGAUCCAGCUGCCUGGAGACAGAGCCCUCUGAAUCAGGAAACCAAGCCUUUCCCAGACAAAUCACAACUUUUGAACACCUCGCACGUGCCAGUGUUGACUCAGGAGCCACAGCGAGAGCACAGUCACCUCGAAGGGACAGAGAGUUACAGCAUGACCGGAGACAGUGGGAUCGAUUCCCCGAGGACCCAGAGCCUGGCAUCUAAUAAUUCAGCCGUUUUGGAUGGAUUUAAGAGAAGACAGAAUUUUCUGCAGAACUGUGACGGCAUAAAGAAGAGGCAAACACUCACAUCCAGUUCCUUGCUUCAACUAACCCCAGUUAUAAACGUCUAACUUAAAAACAAAUGUAUUUCAGAUGUGGUAUUACACUGUAGAUCAGGCUGGCCUGGAUCUCGAUGGGUAAUCCCCCUGUCUCUGGUUCUGGAGUGCUGGGAU